AUGGCUUCAAACGAACUUCCCGAGGUCAAGCUCUACUGGCUCGAUGAGUCGCGCUCACAGCGCAUUCUCUGGCUAUUGGAGGAGCUCAAGCUGCCGUAUACUCUGGAAUUGUUUCACCGCAACAAGGAGACCAAGCUUGCCCCGCCAGAGCUUGAGAAGGUGCACCCUCUAGGAAAGUCGCCCAUCAUUAGUGUCGCUGCAGGCGAGGGCGUGGAGCCUGUGAUGUUGGCUGAGAGUGGUUUCAUCACGCAGUAUCUCACUGAGCACUGUCCCGAGGGGAAGAGGCUAAUUCCACCCCGGUGGAAGGAGGGAAUGGAGGGCAAGAUUGGACUCAAAUCCCCCGCCGUCCCUUUCUACAUCCGGCCCAUCUCAACCAUUCUAGCCAACCGCAUCUUCUCUUUCUGGAUCUUCCCCAACGCGCGGCGCAACUUUUCCAUGAUCGAGGGCCACCUCGCAACGUCAGGCGGCGACUACCUCUGCGGCGCCACCCUGACUGCUGCGGACAUUCUCAUGAGCUUCCCGCUCAUCGCAGCGCAGAACAGGCUGGACCAGUUUGGUAGCUGGGAGGGAGGCUCGUGGAGAGAGGAGUUUCCAAAGGUGGCGGCGUAUGUGAAGAGGCUGGAGGCGGAGGAGGGGUAUAAGAGGAGCGUGGAGAAGGUCAAGGAGAUUGAUGGAAGUUUUACAGCUUCACUCUCAACCAUCAAGUUUCCGACAUCUUCUGUUCAAGAUGCUUGGGCUGAUGCCUCGAUCUCGCACACGCCAGCCUCAUCUUCACCACAUAACCCCGGCAAUGGGCAUCCAGCACGGCGUCGAGCAUGGGGAAACUCGAAGGAUUCGAAAAGAAAGCACGAGGACUCUGCAUUGGCUUUGUUCAAUGAGGUGGUUGACCCUUCCGGCAACAAUAAACCCGCCAAUGUUCCUAUUCUUGGUGAGCUCGAGAUCGCCUCGAGGCUCAAGGAGCUUAGGGAGAGGAACAUCAAGACGCAUGAGCAGUUUAAGAUCUUUGACGAAGAGAUUUGGCCCAGCAUCCAGGAGCUCCGAGGCCAACUGCCCAAGCCCAUCUACAUGGCCGUCACCGGGCUCCUCAGCGACCAAAGCCUGGCGAUGCUACGAGAUGGGCAUUACCUACGCAGCGUACGGCUAUCACAGGUGUAUAGCACCCUUGGGAAAUACGACCUCGACAUCCGGAACGACCUUAUCCUGAACCUCUGUAUCAGGAUGACGCAGGCCAAGAACAAAUCUUAUACCCGCACUCAGAUGAGGGAUGAGCUUAUUGGCAUGUGGAAGCACGUCUCCCAGCUCAAGCGGCCUGGAGAAGUUGACCAAGAGCUCCGCUUUGCAAUGCCCUCGGUCCCUGAGGUGCUGAAGGACGCAGAGAAGGCCAGAUUUGUCGAGAAGGACGAGACACAGGACUCCAGCAAGAACCCAACAGCACGCGCGCUGGCCUCGAUGUUCCUACAGUAUCCGCCACCACAAGCUCAAGACAUUAUCCCGGCUCUUUUGGCUACUCUGGCCGUUGCGUCAGAUGUCAGGUAUUUUGGCCGUGAGAAGAGGCCUUCCCUGUCUCCGCUGUUGGUGCUCGCCCGAGCUGUGCUAUCCAAACACCAGCUUACCGAGGACAACAUCCAAACCAUUCUCUCCAAUUACCACACCUUCCCUGCUGACAAAAUGGACGCACUCGGGGUCUACGUCAAGAACCAGUGGCCAACUGUCAUGACCUUGCUCACAACCGAGGCGGAGCAGUGGAUGAAACCUGAGAGUCAUGAGUGGGCAGAAGACCCUGUCAAGAUAGCCUCGUCCCGUGUCACUUCGUUCUACAAGCUUUUGAAGGCGGCGUACCGCGCGCGCAACAUUGGCGCCAUGAGUGCCAUCUGGGAGGACAUGAUGAAGAGCCUGGAACAGAACCCCCGGGUGAGGGAGCAAUUGGCUGACAGCCCCGACUUCCUCGACUAUUGGAUCUUUGUGUGGUGUGCGGUUCGUCGAACAAAACGGCUGGAGGAGACGAUUGACCUGAUGCGCUCGUUGAACAUGCCCAUGACGCUCAAGUCGUACACGGCCAUGAUGCACGGGUGGAAGAAGUGCAAGGACCUUGUCAAGGUCGAAGCACUAUGGAGUCAGCUCGUCUCGGCUGGCACAAAGCUGGAUAUUGUCAUCUGGACUGAGCGUAUCUCAGCUCUCAUCGAGCUAGGCAAGACCCAGGCGGGUAUCCAGGCGCUUGAAGAGCUGGUGAUGACAUGGAAGAAGGCAGUCCAGAAUGGAACCGAGGCCCAGGCUGUGCAGCCUACUAUCCAUGUCAUCAACGCGGCCUUCAAGGGCAUGCUGCACCUGUACCCAGAUGCUGCUCACGAGCUGCUGGCAUGGGCUGGCCGAGAGGGCUUUGAGCCCAACGUCCGAACAUUCAACAUCCUCAUCAGUGAGAGCCUCCGAGCUGGACACACGGACAAGGUGACAGAUCUGCUACGCGCCAUGAGACAGCAGGGGAUUGACCCCGAUACUGCUACCUUUACCAUUCUUCUGGAGGAAGUGGUCAAGCGGAUGGACUAUGCCACCUCGGAGGAGCAGGUGGAAGCCGUUCACUCCAUCUUUGCUGAUAUGGAGGAUGCCGGUCUCAAGCCUAACCUCGAGACAUAUGGCAAGAUGUUGUAUGCGGUCGACGGCAUUCAGGGCAGCUCAGACGACGCCAUGGCCGCGGUACAGAACCACAUGCGCAAUAACGGCUUCGCUGUCACGCCGCACAUGGUUACGAUCCUCGUCGAGCGUGCCCUCCGUCGAGACCCCCCAGACAUCAAGCGAGUACGACUGCUACUCAAGGAAAACAAGCUCUCGGUGGUCAAGCAGGGUGACCAGACACUCUGGGAGCGUGUCAUGAGUGCCCACGCCAUCAGCGGUGAGACUAAGGAGGCCAUGCGCAUCUUUGACGACCUCGCCAAGGCUGGCCGUCCUGUCACAUCGUUGCCGUGCUUGUCGGACCUAGUGGGCGCUCUGCUGCAGAAGAAAGAGACCGAGUCUGCACAAAAGGUCAUUGACACAGUGCUGGCGCACAAGGCCAAGAGUACCGACAACCUGGAGUCGAACCAACGGUACUGGAGGCAUCAUCUUUGGUUCAUGGCCAGGCGGAACGGGUUGAUCAAGAACGACACGAUUCCUCUACCUCACUGA